AUGCUCUCCGCUGCUGGUGCUCUUCGUCAGUUCUCAACCACUGCUUCUUUGAAUAAAGUUAGCAAUGUCGCUAUCAUCGGCGCUGGACUCAUGGGUUCCGGAAUCGCUCAAGUAACAGCAAAUGCCAAGAUCAAUGUAGUCCUUGUUGAUCAGUCUGCUGAUGCUUUGAAGAAAGCCGAAAAAACUAUUGAAACUUCUUUGAGAAGAAUUGCUAAGAAGAAGUUCGCUGACGACUCCCAGAAAGCUGAGGGACUUGUGUCUUCAACUCUCUCUCACUUGAAAACUACUACCGUUGUAGCUGAUGCCGUCAAAGACGCUGAUCUUGUCAUCGAAGCUAUUGUUGAAAACAUCGGUGUAAAGAGAACACUCUUCGCUGAGAUUGAGAAAGCUGUAAAAAGCUCAGCUAUUCUCACAACGAAUACAUCUUCUUUACGCCUCGAAGACAUAGGAGCUAAUCUUUCAAACAAAUCCCAGUUCGGAGGUCUGCAUUUCUUCAACCCUGUUCCAAUGAUGAAACUUCUUGAGGUUGUUCGUCAUGGAGAAACUUCUGAUGCUACUUUCAAUACCCUUAUGGAAUAUGGAAAACAAAUAGGAAAAGUCACAGUUGCUUGCAAGGAUACCCCAGGAUUCAUCGUGAAUAGACUUCUUGUCCCUUACAUGUUGGAGGCCUUGAGAUUGCACGAGCGUGGAGACGCUUCCAAAGAAGAUGUGGAUGUUGCUAUGAAAUUAGGUGCUGGUUAUCCCAUGGGUCCUUUCGAAUUGGCCGAUUAUGUUGGACUUGACACUCUCAAGUUCAUUAUGGAUGGUUGGCAUCAGCAGUAUCCAUCCGAACCUUCUUUCAAGCCUAGUGAAACAUUGGACAAACUUGUUGAGAGCGGAAAGCUUGGAAGGAAAUCUGGAGAAGGAUUCUACAAAUAUUGA